AUGUGGAGCGCCUUUUUCUUUGAUUUUGAGAUGGAUGAAGAUUAUUGCCUUUGUGGAGCAUUGUACAACAUGGUGUUUACUCCAUUUACAAGGGUUGACCAUCAUAAGAGCUACAUUACUUUUGCUGCUAGUUUCAUAGCAAAGGAAGAUAUUGUGUCAUUUGAGUGGCUGUUCAGAUCAUUUCUCAUGGCAAUGGGUGGGAAUGAACCUAAUUGUAUGAUUACGGAUCAAGAUCCAGCAAUGAAAAUUGUUGUUACAAAAAGGUGGAACAAGGUGAUGGUUGAAUACCACUUGGAAGAACAUGAGUGGUUAGGUUAUAUGUACAAGAUAAAGGACAAGUGGAUUCCGGUGUAUUUCAGAGAUGUGUUCCUUGGAGGAAUAAUGCGUACAACAUCAAGAUCUGAAAGUGAAAAUAACUUUUUCUGCUCCUUUAUUUAUCCUCAUGUGUCACUUGUUGAGUUUUACUUGAGAUAUGAAGCUUCAAUUGAUGCCCAAAGACACACUCAAGGUCAGAAUGAUAAUUAUUCAAAGCACAAAUAUCCUGAGUGCAAAACACCACUAGGGAUAGAAAAACAUGCCUCACAUUUAUAUACUAACUCUGUCUUUUAUGAAUUUCAAUAUGAGAAAGAAAAUGGAUUGGAAGUUGCAAAAGUAAGUGAAGGAACUCGGACUAGAACAUUUGGUGUUGUGUUUAAUCCAACUAACUAUGACACCACAUGUUCUUGCAAGCUAUUUUAUAGACAAGGAAUUCCAUGUAAACAUAUGAUUUGGGUUUGGAAAGCAAAAAGGUUUGAAACCAUUCCUGAGCAGUAUAUGCUACACAGAUGGACUACUAUGGCAAUGAAGAAACCAAUUUUUGACUUGGGAGGAAAUCUGUUGGAGCAAUGUGCUAAUAUAAUUGACAAGAAAAAAUUAUUAAAUGAUUUGUGGUCAGAGAUAAACACUUGUGUAGGUUUGGCAGAAGGAAAAGAUGAAGAUAUUCAAGACCUUGUGAUAAAUCUUCAAGGAAUAAGAAAGGAUUUGAAGGCUAAGAGGAUUGCAAUAAAUAAUGAAACAACAGCUGGAAGUGCAAACAACAAAAAACAAGACAUUGUGCUAUUGAUUGGAGCUACUGUGCCAACUGAAAUAAUUGUCAAACCUCCAAAAAUUUCAAAGAGUAAAGGGACUGGAGUUCAUGUAUCAAAUGAAGAGACUUCAAAAAAGAAAUUAAAGGGGCUGAGAUUGAUGUGCCAAAUGUCGAAACAAAAGGUAGAAGUGCAAAAAGGCUGA